AGCUGGCCACGCCCCUCAGCUAGAUGGCGACCGCCAGUAGUCCCGCCUCCCGCCACGUCGGCGGCCAAUGAGGGAGAAGUACGAGACUUUGCACAUGCGUGGCACCACCAGUGGGCGCGUCCAAUAAUGACUUCGGGAACCCGUCGAGUAACAUGACUAAAAAGAAGCGGGAGAAUCUGGGCGUCGCUUUAGAGGGUUAUUGUGAACGUCCUGUGAAGGAGCCGUAUGAGGCGUUUAGAGCAGUGCCUGCUCCCGAAGUGUUGGCUACUACCAGGAUUACUGUGGACUCUCGCCUUCCAGGGGCUGCUCUGACUGGCGUGCUGCCAUCCAGACACAUCCCAGAAGCUCCUAACAGCAAGGCCAGCAAGACCGGAAAUGACUUCCUAAACUGGAAAGCACAGUGGCGUGCCUGGCAGCACCAAGCCCCAAAGAUCGAUGGGCUGGAGAAGAAGCUGUCACAAUGUCAGAGAGACCUGGAGAUCGUGAACUCCAAGCUCUGUGGGGCGGAGCUGAGCUCAGAGGCCAGGCGGUCUCUGGAGAAGGAGAAAAGCAGCCUGAUGAACAAAGCCUCCAGCUAUGGAGCUGAAGUUGCUUCGGCGGGAGAACCGCAAGAACACGCUGCUGUCUGUGGCCAUCUUCCUCCUCCUGACUGUUGUCUACGCCUACUGGGCCGCGUGAGGCUGCGAUUUCUCCCGUCAGCCCUGGCUUCCCCUCAGCUCUGUGAUCACGGCCAGGCAGGCCCUUCGAGCCUCAAGAGGACCAAGGCCUAUUUCCACCUCGGGUGAGGAGACCCCCUACCCAGCCCCCAAGCCCUGGACGCCGCUGAGCACGCCUUUGAGCCACUACUGGGUAGGCUGCCCAGACCCCACACAACAGAGGCAGGGUCCCUGAAGCAGCUUCUCGGGACCUGGCAGACAGGACAUUUUAAAGCACGAGAAGAAAUUACUUUUUUAAGACUUUCAGAAGACUUCUAUAAAGUGUAUUCUUACUACUGGAUUUAAUUCUAAGUAAAUUUGUAUUAAAAAGAAUAGUGAAAAUUAUUUUUUCAGUCUCUAGACACACGAAGCCCCAAAGAUCAUAACAUCAGACCUCGGCCCAGACUGGAAAAGUCUCUUCUCCGUCCGUCUGCUGACUGUGCUUAUCCUUCUCACCUCCCACGGGGCCUGGGCCUUUCAUAUCACCUCACAUGUGGCCUUCUUUCCAUGCACCAAGGAACCCAUUACCUCAGACAACCCUUCUCUUUAUCACGUUCAAAAACUCCCAUUCCCUCAGCACCCUUUUCUUACCCGAAGAAAAUGAAAAGGCCAGGAUUGAUAUGCUAAUGAUACCCAAGCAUGAAUGUGUGGCUCACAGGUGUGUUAGCACCCUCAGUAGCAUGUGCAUCUGAAAUGAGGACACCUGAACCCCGAGGAAUGAAUCUCUCCGGUGGAGGUUGGCCUGCUGUGACAGGUGGGACGGGGAGGUACGCGGGCAAGCAGGCACCUCUCCAGGACCCCCAAGCACAUCACUCAUCAGGGUGGUCUGACCUCUAGCGCUGGCCUGGACUGGCCUCCACUGAGCCCUCUCCCACCUCAGAGGACGGGGGCGGGCACUAGCCAGAAAGCAGCAACGGGGAAGGAGGAUGGGGGGGAG